AUGGAUGUAAAAAGUUUCGAAGAAAUAUUCGAUAAUGACUUUUUACGACUUUUUAAUGAUUCAGACGACCAUGACGUCAUAAUUAAUGUUGGCAAAGAGCCGAACAGCAAAACUUUUUCUGCACAUGCUGUGAUCCUUUGCGCUCGCAGCCCAUAUUUUAGCGAGGAGUUAUCAUCAGCUUCGGUCGCCAAUAAAAAGUGGACUCUAAGUAUUCGAAAUGUUAUGGAACGAGAAUUCGCUAUUAUUUUAAAAUAUAUUUAUACUGGAAUUCUUGAAGUCGACAAUGCUGAUACAUACGAACUCCUCCUUGCUUCAUGUGAACUGAAGCUUCAUCCACUUAUUGAUUUUCUUCAAGGCAAGAUAAUCCAAGAAUCUUCGGACUGGCUCUCACAGAAGUUAAUUCCAAUGUACCAUACAGCUGUAAAAUUGGCCGCUUGCAAAAAACUUAGAUCUUUUUGUAUUGAACAAAUCUAUUGUAGACCCGAACUGGUUUUUGAUUCGCCUGAUUUUGUAACAAUAAGCGAAGAUUUAUUGGUUACGCUCUUAAACCGAGAUGAUUUGACUUUACCCGAGGUAAAAAUUUGGCAAUUAGUAAUCAUGUGGACCCUGUACCGCCACCCAGAUAUUUCAAAAAAUCCUGAAUCGUGGACCGAUGAUUCGGUAAACUUGCUGCAGAAUACUAUAGGAAGGUGUAUCCCUCAUAUACGGUUUUUUAGCAUUUCGGGCGAUGACUACAUGGAUAAAGUACGCCCGUAUAAAAAGUUACUUCCUCGCGAGUUGAAAACAGAUAUUGAGAAUUAUCAUAUUUGUAGUGAAACACCGGUUAAGAGCGUUACUUUACCGCCUAGGAAACCAAGGAAUAAUACAAUUUUGCCAAAUCAGAAUCAUAACUUCUCGUGA